AUGAAAUGCUUGAAGGUGGACGAGUUCAUCCAGCGGACUGCUUCCGUGGAGGAGACGCAGCGCUUGCUCCAGGAGCUCGAGAAUUAUGUGGAGAGCAAGCCCGGCCUUCAGGGUCGCACGCUGUGUGACCGGAUCAUCAGAGCCUGUAACCAGCAGCUUGGAGCUGGAUCCCCUUCCCGGGAGCAUGUCAGUCUGCUGGUGAGGCUGGUGGAGCGGGCCCUUCAUGGCUACGACAUCUCUGCAGCUCUUAUUCCUCAGAGCUGCCCGCUGUACAUGGAGAAGAUUAUUUUCCAUAUCAUCAAGAAGCUGAGCUCUCUAGAAGCUCACAGCCUGUGCAACUAUGUGUCUGGCUUGGUUUACACCAGGCUUACUACAGCACAGCAGGGGGAGGACUACUCUGUUCUUUUGCGGAGCUGUUUCUGGUUGCUCUGGACUGGACUAUCUGCUAACAAAGACCGGACGACCCUUACUCCUCAAGAAAAACUCCACUGCCAGAUGCAAGCUCUGAGCUUCCUCCUGUUGUCCGACACCGAAAGUACAACUCCCUCCUUCUCCAAAGCUCCCAUAUACACGGAGGAUGCCAUCGCAGAAUUUGAGAGGGCAUCUGGAGAAGUGACCAAAGAAGAUGCCUCAUUUCUGCUCCAGGAAUUGCGCUUGCUCUUCAACAGAUGCCAGACUGGAGGACAAGGCUGCAAGGGGGAAGGGUCAAAGCAGUUUAUUAAGAAAUUAAGCGUAUAUGUGGUUUUUGAAAUCCUGCUGGUUGCUGUUCGGGUGCUUUGUAAAGCGGGACACCACAAUCUGGCCUCCACCUUCCUGAAUGAUAUUGAGAGAGAGGUCCGAGGCGUCUCUGCUGACUCUCAGUGUACAGCUCUGGUGCUUGGCAGGUGGGCUGUCGAAGUUCAUUCAGCAAUGAAGGCCGGUGGGGAGAGUGGCCAGGUUUUGACAAACUGUGCUCGAGCUUUGAGGUCUCUCUCUGCCGACCUGGGAGAACAAGAAGCUCAUGCAGUUGUGGAAGGGUGUGGACAUGUGGUGUGGGCUGUCGAGACCGGCCACAACAAGGGAUUAAGUGGUCCUCUGCUCCUGGCUUGGUUUUCAUUCCUGGAGGAGUAUCAAGAGCAGAUAUUAAGAAUGUUGAAAAAGAAUCUGACAUGCCAGACUGAGGGCAGCCGACUGCAACAGACCCUUUGUUACAGUAUUUGCCAAGGCUUUGUGUUUGCUUAUGAGAGCAUGCUUGCAUCACAGCUGGAGAACAGUGACAUACUGGACCGAGUGCUGCUGUACUGCCAAGCCACAGCUGGGCAGAUGAUGACUGAGGUGCGCAAGCUUCCAAGUGACAGUCUUCUCAUCAAAGCAGUGAUAGCUGUGAGCAACUUAGUGUGUGGAUUGUACAACCGACGUCUCUAUGACCAGGCCUUCACGCUGGUUGAGAUCCUCUGCAAGGAUCUUUGCAGGAAUUGCCCCGUCUCACUGUCUGUUGAUCGGUUGUGCCGACCCUUCAUGCUGGCUGUGCAGACGUCUCGGCGGGCUGGACAAUUGGAGCGAGCACUCGACUGGGUGAUUCUGUGGCUGAAGGCCCUGGGGGACAACAUUCUCACUCAUAUGGCUGAACCGGUCUCCCUGUGGGUGAAAGCCAAGACUGAUGCAGCACGUAACUCUGAGGAGGACAUCAGACUCAGGACGUUACGUGAUGGUUUUGGUCCUGACGUCCCUGAUGAGAAAGUGAUGCUCUGCCUUUUGGAGGAAGAGCUACGUGCCUAUAAGGAGGUGGCAAGUGACACUGCCCAGGAACGUUAUAACACCCUCUGUGACCUGUUGGACAUCUGCCAUGAGGAGAGCUCCCACACCCACCUACGUGCUGUCUACCUCUGUGAAAUGGCCCAAGUUGUGUGUUUCCAGGAUUUCAGUGAACAGACUGAUUGCUCUGCAGUUGACUUUACCCAUGAAGCUUUGCGGCUACUGGAAGAAGAAUCUGUGACUGCAGAGAACGCUGAUAGACUAAAAGAUGACAAGGCCCAUGCUUCUCUUUGGCUCUUUGUCUGCACUCUUGAGAAGAAUCUUCAGGAGGCCAUUGAGAAGGACAUCAAAUUGCGCGAGUUGCGUAACAAGAAAAGUUGUGUGGCCAAUCCCAUAGGAACCAACGAUUUUGACUAUGAAGACAAGCAGAAAACAGAGGACAGCAUCCUGCUCUAUGAAGGCCUGCAUUUCAACCUGGCUGCAGAAAACAAAUUGUGCCAACCUUUGGAAAGAGCUCUGGGUGAGUGGUCCGUUCUUCUGCAGAGUCGAGAUCUGCCUUCUGUCAGGAGCCCCAAACAGACCUGCACCUCCAUUGCUCUGGCUGCAGCUCUCUUCAGACUAAUGGGAAAGCCUUUAAAGGCUCUGGAAGCUUACCAACUCACAAUUGGACUUUCACGUCAUCUCUCUGACGCACAUGGUUGUGCCAGCUCCCUCUGUCACUCAGCCCUCCUCUUACUGGAUAUAGGUGCCCCUGAACUUGCUUUGGCCCAGUUAGAGCAAGCAGAAAAAAGUCUUGCUUCAGAAACCACCAAUGAGGGAACUUCUUCCCUCUCUAUGCUGCCCCUGCUGUUGAAAGCUCAGUACUACUACAGCACAGGACAGGUGGCUCUUGGAGUGCCUUAUCUGUGUGAGGUGCUUAAAGAGGUGAAUGAGCAGAGGCAGUCGAAAAGUUGGUACCUGCUUCGUGCUCGGGCUCUGCAGACCUGCAGCUCCUACCUCAGUUUGGACACAGCUGCACUGCCACAGGCUGAGCGCGGACGUAUCACUGAACUUGGUAUACAUAGCCCUGACACUGCUCUGUAUGAAGGACUGAAGCUUCUCUGCAGCCUGCUGGUCACUUUAGUGGGGAAAGGCCUGUAUGGGACUCAUGGCACCAGCUCGGAUGUGCGCUUUAUCGACCAAGGAGAUAACCUGGUGCUGAAAUGGCAGCUGCUGUCAGAGGUGUUAAACUGCUCCAUGAAAAUGGUUUCUGUUCGGAGUAGCUGUGGGGCCAUCAAUGAUGCCAGGCUCCAAUGCCAAGAAGCUCUUAAACUGGCCAUCAAGCUGCAGGCACUCAGCCAAUGUGCUGAGCUGCUGGUGAUGAAAGCAGAGUUGGAGCUGAUGCAGGGGGAGCGAGAAGAAAGUAGCACUGAUUUGGUAAAUGUCCGAAACCUUCUGGACCUCUGCACAGAUUUCUCUGAUCAGGUGCAGAAGACGGAGGUAAAAAUCAAACCCCGGAAAGGUCGGCCAGCGCAGAAACCUCAGCCUCCUCUACCUUCCCCUGAGGAUGAGUUGAAAGACAUCCUGAGCACUAGGUGGAUUGCUAAAGAACCUGUAGUAGGGGACCUGACCAGCUCGCCUCCUCUCAAGGCCCAACCCCGUCGUUGGCUCUCCUCCCUGGCACAUGAAGCUGAAUGUCAGUGCCCAUGCUGCUCUGAGCCCUGUCUGGGCCACGCCACUGCUCGCUGGGCUGCUACACAGGCUGAUUUGGUUCUCAAGGUGGAGUCCAGUGACCCCAAAGUCAGUCUGAAGCUUCAAUGGGCAACAUUAUCCCGCUGUGAGACCAUCACUGCCAAAGUUGGGGCAAAAUUGGCUAAACUCUUCCCUCGCUGUGACUCCAAAAAAGGCUCCUAUAAACCCUCCCUGAUGCAGGAUGUGGUGGGUCGGGUGUACCUUCACAUGGCCCUGUCCAGCCUGGAUCCAAGACUCAACAACAUUUGUGGUAUAUGGAAAAUACUGAAAGCUGGUUUAGCAUUUGUUGAUUGCUCACCCUCUCCUGUGCUAAGACCUGUGAGAGCUGGCUUAAUGGCAACCAAAGCCAUAGUGUCAUUGAUCACCUUGGCUUCCAAAAAGGGUUGCAACCCAGAGGAGCUCUUCUCAAAUGCGUGGACCUGGAAUGCACCGAAAGAGAGAGACAUGAAAUCCGAACAGAAAAAUGUACCUGCCUUGUCCUUGAAUAAAAAGCUUAAGGACUGCCUUAAAAUCCCUGAUGCUCCCGACAAAACAAAGAAGGCAACGAAGGUCAAAGCUGUCAACACCGUCAAGCCCAAGAUUCAAGUGAUGAGCUCCUCAAGCAGAGGAACGGAUCUGGUUCCCAUGACACCAGUAAUGGUUAGGUCAAAGUCUGCUGUUAAGGAGCUCAGCUCUUUCGACUUCAACACAGUGGUGCCUACUGUGGCUUGUACUCCUGUUCAAAAAGUGAGAGCUCCUGCUUCAGUGAGGAAAGCACCAAGAACUGCCUCAAAGCAGCAGUUUUAUGUGUAUGAAGAGUUUUCACCUACCCAGCCAGUGCCCGCUGCCCCCAGACGCACCAAGACAUCACGCUUUAAGGUGGAGUUUAGUGAUGAGAGUGACUCCGAGGCUAAUACCCAAGCAGAGGCCAAAGAAAAAACAGACGCCCUUAAAAAGAGAACAACUACCAGAAGAGCUGCCCAAAGUGCUAAAACAGUCCCAGAUCCACCUGCAGAGAGCAAACUCCCCAAGAGGCAGGCUAAGGGUAGAAAAACCACUGCAGUGCCGAAGGCCACGUCCUCCGAGGACGACGAUAGUUUGAUCCUUCAACCUGUGCCAACAAGAAGAGGUAGAAGCAGAAAGGAGCUGACCAAGACAGAGGUGGAAACGAUGGAGGAGCUGGACAAAAUGAGGACCAUCGAGGAGGAAUCUAAUGAAGUUCUGGACAUGAGCAUCGAAGAGCUUAGGACAUCAGACACUGAGGACAACGCUGCUUCAAAUUUUGAAAUCCUGCGGAGGGAUAUAUGUGGUCGUCUGCCGAGAGAUGGUUUGUCUGAGUUGAGGAGUAGUGGUCAUCUGAGCCAAGGGCCUCCAAUCCAGCUCACCCACUCAGACACCAGGCCAGAGAAUCUGUCCCUGGAGGAUGUUGAGUCGUUGCUCCGCUCAGCCUGGCUGAACCUUCAGCACUUCCCUUCUCCCACUCUCCACCCAACCCUCUGUGCUCUCCUGGCCCUGGCACUGGGACAGCAGGACCCUGUAACCACAGCACUGCUACACGCCGAGUCCUUUGCCAUCACGAGCCGUCAUCGCACAAUCAGGCAUUUAGCCAGUUGUCUCAAAAAGCAGAAAAAGUCGUCCGGUGAACUUGCGGACCAGCUCGAUGCUCUGAGUCUAAAUGAGCUCAGUUCAACAGAGUCCAAGGCGACUACUGAACAGAGGUUGAUUCAGUUAGAGAACAUCUACUCCUUCCCCACUGCUGACUCCUCAUCUUUCCCCCAGAACCUCUGCCAAGAGUUUAACCAACAACUUCAACACCUUCCCACAGGGAUAACUGUGUGCAUGAUGUCUGUGCUUGGAGUCAAACCUGGGGAAAUGGGCGACAGCAUUAUACUUUCACGUCUCCAGAAAGGAUCUGCACCCGUCACUGUUCAUAUCUCCACAUCUAUGCAAAAGCGUCCCAUUAGUUGGCUCGUGCAGGAGAUGGACAGUAUUCAGGUGGAUCAGAAGGUUGUGAGCUGUGUGUCGGAUAAAGCCAAGUGGUGGGAGGGCCGCAGGGCGCUAGACUCUCGAGUUGAGCAACUGUUGAAAGAGAUGGAGGGAUUGCUCGGAUGCUGGAAGAGCUUUCUUCUCCCCCUUUCUUCAGAUCCAGAACUUCCAAAUCAGGCCCAGCACCUUUGCAAAACCUUGUCUGCUAAAGGAGCGACAUGCAGUGAGGAGAUGUUGAAGGCGUUGCUGUCUGCAUCUCCUCUGCUGUCUCAAGAAGAAUUGCAAAGAUUUUCUCUUGGAGUUUCUCCACACUGGCCUGCGGAGUGUUGCCAGCUCGUGCAUACAGUUCUUUCCCGGCCCUCAGAGAGGGACGAGCCCCAUGGUCAUGUUGUUCUGAUCCUGGACAAGCACCUUCAGAAGUUGCCAUGGGAGAGCAUCUCCAUCUUAAAGUCUCACUCUGUCAGUCGGAUGCCUUCUCUGCACUCACUGAUUGGACUGAGCAUUCAGAAAGUGAAUGACUCUCAAUCCAUCCUGAGACAAGGUGUGGAUACAAAGAAGGCCUUCUAUGUGCUAGACCCUGAUGCUAAUUUAGGAAACUCUCAGGACAGGUUCAAGGAAUGGUUUAGCAGUAACCCGGACUGGGAAGGUGUGUGUGGGGUUGCUCCUGACUCGGGUCAGCUGGAAGAAGCAGUGGCCAACAAGGAUCUGUACAUCUACGUGGGUCACGGAGCAGGCGCUCGGUUCCUGGACGGUCAGACGGUCCUGAAGACGCCGAUAAGAGCGGCGUCUCUUCUCUUCGGCUGCAGUAGUGCUGCUCUGGCCGUGCGUGGAGACCAGGAGGGACAAGGCAUCAUCCUCAACUACCUCAUCGCAGGCUGUCCGUUUGCUUUGGGAAACUUGUGGGAUGUGACAGAUCGGGACAUUGAUCGCUUCACCAAAGCUUUGUUGGAGUCCUGGUUCGCUGCUGGACCCGGAGCCCCCCUCCUGGAACACAUGGGCCCCUCGCGUCAGGCCACAAACCUUAAACACCUGAUCGGAGCUGCACCUGUGGCCUACGGUUUACCUGUCUACCUGCAGUAGAAUUCACUAUCGCAGGAGCCAAGCUGUGCACAGACAACAUCUGGUGGCCCUUAGUCUGAAGUGGAUCAAAAGACAAAAAGGAAAACGGAGGAUUAAAUCGGAGAAUUAACAAAAUACUAAACAUAUGUUAACAUGCAGGAGUGUCUGGUGUGGCCUGCAGCAGAGCCAUCACGGCCUCUACUACCAUCCUGCUUGCCUAAGAGAGAGAGAGCACGUUGGCAUUCAGAGAAGCUGAUAGAUGUAUGUUUGGUUUAUGGAACAAAGAUUAGACCCACUGCUGAGUUUAUAUAUGAGAAAAAUGAGGCAUUACCAAGAUUCUGUCAAAGGCAGAGGGGGCUCCACCUCUUUGUACUCACCCACAGUGUCUGCCCAUCACCUCCAGGAUGAAAGUCCUCUGGUGACUGCAGAAUGACACAUUUCAAGUCAACGAUCUUAAACUGCCACAGCAGGCCUGUCAUUCAUGCAAGUGAAUAAACUUCUACAGUAACAUUAGUUGCUUUUGGAAACUUGCAGAUUGUGGUGAUCAGUUCAUCAACCAUUCCUCAAAGCCUUGCUUAGUCUUGAUUCUCUGCUGGGUCUGGGGCGCCGCUGCUGGAUUACAUGGACCGAUCCCAUCAGGCCACACUUGUAAAACACCUCUCAGGUGAUGCGCCUGUGGCCUGUGGGCUACCUGUCCACCUGCACUAGGUGCAUUAAUGAGAUAAAAGUAUUCAAAAAGCAGGAUAUACACAGUUUCUAUGCAGUUUUUAAACAUAAAGGUUUCAGCACACAAGCUGGAGAAUGUGACUUUGAUUUGAAUUUCCUUUGAAGUACGAUUGUAGUACUGCAUGUUCCUUAUUUA